GUCAUCAAGGUCUGUGAAAGUGCACAUUAUAAAGGACGAAAGAUCCCCAAUCCGCUGUUACUACGAUAGACUCAAAAACCCAUCACAAAGAAACAUCGACACAAGUGAUAGCCAUGUCCCCAUCAAACAGUAUCAAGUCUCAAGCCAUGCUUCUCGCCUUGAUCCGCCAUCGUUCUUCCGGAUUCUCUUACCCCUGUGGUCAGAAGCAGUUCAACACACAUGCCAACCCAGUCUUUCGGCCCGACAAUGCUGUUCCGUCGACUGAUGCCAAAGGCUUCCAAAAACGUGAACGUAGCGAAGAAGGUCGUUACGCUCGAGAAAAGGAAGUAGCGGAAAUAAAAGAAUUACGUGAUCAACUGGCGAAACAUCAAGCUAAAAUUGAACAGCUUGAAAACCACGUGAAAUCCAAGAAAUGAUAAUCGACUUUGUGGGAUCAUGGAUUGGCAGGUAAUCGAUCCGAUCAUCAGGUCUCGGACGACUCAGCCUUUGAUCGGUAAAAUCAGAAAGAUCUUUGGGGUCAUGAAUUGCUCAUGUAUUUUAAAUCACCAAAUGAAUAAAUAUAUAUAAUGUAACAACCAGUUUUAUCUGCAUCCGUGUUUUUAAUUAUUUAUUAAUUC